AUGCCCCCUGUUCCUUCUAUAGCUCCACCCCUGCUUGUUGGUAGUUUGAUUUAUUUAACUAUCACGAGACCUGAAAUUGCUUACUCUAGAUCUCUUGACUAUGGUCUUAUGUACCAAAAAAGUGAAGAUUUCUUGUUGAGUGGCUUUGUUGAUGCAAAUUGGGUUGUUGAUGUAGAUUGGGCUAGUGAUACAAAUGAUCGUCAUUCAACUUCGAGUUACUGUUUUGGCAUUGGUUCAGCGGAGGUUUCUUGGUGCAGCAAGAAGCAAUCUAAUGUUGCUUUGUAG